UCGAUUCUCCUCACUGGAAAGAGUCCCUGUUAAACGAAACCAGGAAACUGGUGCAUUUUAAAUUGCCACUGCGCUCUGUAGCUCGUGAACAUAGUUUACUGACUUCAGGCAAACCAGUACAGUGGCAAUAAGCUAAAAUGUACGAAGAAGAAAAAGAAAACCUGAAGAAAUUUAGAAAUUACAUUGUGCAAAUAAUACGUCCUUCCAACAUGAAGGGAUUCAUGACGUCGUAUUUGGAGACAGCUGUAGUGGAGAUAAUUUUGUCAGAGGAAAACAGGUCUGUGACAACAGCUGCAGAAUUGCUCCUGGGGAAGAUGUGCGACCUUGUAGAGAUGGGCUGGUUCCAGGGUUUUCUGGAUGCCCUGCUAGAAGGAGAGUAUACUGGCCUUUAUAAUGCCAUUAAAGAGUGGGACUUUGAAGAAAUUGAACGAAUGAGUAACUACAAGAAACUUCUUGAACGGAUUGAAGCCUCCUUCACUAAACAGAUAAAACCUUGUGAAAUCAUCACACACAUGACAGAGUGCUUUGUGUCCCGGGAAGUCGAGGAAAUCAGAGCCAUUGAUGGACAAAAAGGCCACAUUGCAGCCGCUGAGAAGCUGGUGGAGUGUCUGAGAAGGUCGGACAGAUCCAACUGGUUCAAGCUGCUGCUGCUGGCUUUGGAGCACUGCAACUACGCGGAGCUUCUUCAGCUGUUGGAUCCACAGACAGAAUCUACAGAAGAAAAAAUGGAAGUAGAUAUGGGAACCACAACAGUCGUGUUCCAGUAUAGAGAAGAGGCUGAGUGUGGGUCAUCCCUGAACAGCGCCAACUGGAACCAAGCACAAGAGGGCAGCGCUGGGCUCGUAGGUGGCGUGACUCAGGGGAGGUACAGACUGAGGGAGUACCAGAAGGAACUGGCGGCACCGGCCUUGCAGGGGGAGAACACGCUGAUCUGCGGCCCUACAGGCUGUGGAAAGACCCUCGUUGCUCUUACCAUCUGUGAACAUCACCUGAGAUCUAAAUCAGAGGCCAAGAUCGUCUUCUUGGCCACCAAGCUGGUUGUGUAUGAGCAGCAGCUCGGACUGUUCCUCGAGUACUUUAACAGCACAAAUGCAGGCAUCAGAAUCAAAGGCGUUUGUGGGGACAUGGAGGAUCAGGUGUCCAUGGAUGUCAUCGUUAAGGGGAAUGACAUCAUUGUGUUGACGCCUCAGAUCCUUCUGAAUGCUCUGAAUAUGGGGACGGUGCCCUCGCUGUCUGUCUUCACGCUGCUUAUUUUUGACGAAUGUCACAAUGCCACCCGGAAGCACCCCUACAACAUGCUGAUGGCCAGCUACCUGGACUCCAAGCUUAGCCAACAGGGCCAGGUGCUUCCUCAGAUCGUGGGCCUGACGGCUUCAGUAGGAAUCGGCACUUUCAGGAACUCGCAGGAAGCCGAAAUGAACAUCUGCCAGUUAUGUGCCAACCUGGACACGAGGAUCAUCUCAACCGUCAGCAACAACAGAGAAGAACUUCAGUCGUUCGUUCACAUUCCUGAGAAAGAUUAUGUUGAAGUAGGCAAACUUGCCAAUGAUGAGUUUGUGUCCAUUAUCCGCUAUAUCAUGGUCUACAUUGAGAGUCAGGCCAAGCGCUGGUAUGACAUAGGAUCCCUGUCCAACCUGCAGACCUCUGAACAUGGUACACAGAAGUAUGAGCAAUGGAUCGUGGACGUGCAGAAGAAGUGCAAGGUCCUGCAGCUGGAGGAUAAGGAAGAGGAGAGCAGGGUGUGCCGGGCCCUCUUCAACUACAUGGGGCACCUGAGGAAAUACAACGAUGCCCUCAUCAUCAACGAAGACGCCAGGACUAAGGAUGCCUUGAACUACCUGGAGGAUUUCAUCCAACAAGUCAAAGACGCAGGAUUUGAUACGAUUGAGCAACAAUUAACUGCCUGUUUUGAUGAAAAGCACCCCCACUUGGCCAUACUGAGUCAGCGCAGAGACAGGGAUAAUCCCAAGCUGACCAGGCUGAAGUUCAUCCUGGAUGAGCAGUACACACAGGACCAGGAGACCCGCACCUUGCUGUUCGUCAGGACCAGGGCCCUGACCGAGGCACUGAAAAACUGGAUUGAGGAAACAGACUCCUUGAGAUUCCUGAAGCCUGCAGUUUUGAUGGGCAGCUUGGGUUCUGGAAUGACACAGACCUACAAGAAGGGCGUCCUGCAAUCCUUUAAAAACACGAGCGAUCAAAGUAAAAUCCUCAUUGCCACCUCCGUGGCCGAUGAAGGCGUCGACAUUCCUCAGUGCAACCUCGUCUUGAUGUAUGAAUACAUUGGAAACAUGAUCAAGACCGUCCAAGUCCGAGGGCGUGGCCGAGCAGAGGGCAGCAGGUGCAUCCUAAUUUCCAGCAGAAAGGAGCGGAUCGAGAAGGAACAACAGAACAUGCUUCAGGAGAAGAUGGUGGAAGCGGCUGUGGAUAAACUGCAGGUUUCCCGGGAUCACAUGCUGCAGAUGAUCGAGAACUACCAGAAGACUGAUAAGACCACACGGGAUUAUGAGAAAUCAGCUCCUGUCAACCCCAGAACAGUGGAAAACAACAAGUUUCUCUGUGCAAAGUGCAAGAAGUUUGCAUGUUUUUCUGAUGACCUGAGAGUUUUGAAGGAAUCGCAGCACAUAGUUCUGGAUAAAAGCAUCUUUGAUCGCUCCAUCACAAAGCCGCACCCAAGGCCCAAGAAGUACAUGGGCAUCUUGAAAGAGAAGAAGCUCUUCUGCGCCAACUGCCAUGAAGAGUGGGGCAUUGUCGCCUCGUACCGUCACCUGCAGAACCUGCCUCUGCUCAGGAUCGAGGGCUUUGUGGUGGAGAGCUGUGUCACCCAAAAGCAGAGAAACUUUGGGAAGUGGAAGGAGGUCACCUUUGUCAUCAAGCCCUUCAUUGUGGAGAACGAGUGCCUGUAAGGCUGAGCACACAGCCCACUGCUGCCCCCCAGAGGUGUGGCCGUACACAGCACAAUGUCAGACAUUCAGUAAACAAACAAAAUGUCAUUUGCGAGAGUGUGCUUUUCUCAUCAAUGCACUCAUAUUCUACACAUUCCAUUCUAUUGCAUACAUGUUGAAAAUAUAAGGUAAUAUUUACUCAGCAGAUGUUGGGCCAAUGGUGGGUUUUAGACAGAUGAUGGAACACCUCAUGGUAUUUUCUAAUAGCUCCCUGUAACUAUUCUGGUUUAAGCUGUUUUAUUUUUAGGGUUAGGGUAAGUGAUAUAAUGUUUAAAGGGAUCUAGUUAAGUGUGGUGGUGUAACAGGCCGUAAUUGAUCCAUGAUGAGUGUGGAUCCCUUGUGUGUGAACCAGGGAUUAACUGUAAAGCGUGUGCGUGUCUAAUUACAGCUUCUGUUUCUCUUAUCAUCUCAAGAAAAUAACUGGCUAUUUCUAAGAGUAUACUAAGGGAGAACAGGAGACUCUCUCGCAGUGGCUGUCUCACCAUCGCUUCCUCACUGUGGCUCUCUCGCAGUGGCUGUCUCACCAUCGCUUCCUCACUGUGGCUCUCUCGCAGUGGCUGUCUCACCAUCGCUUCCUCACUGUGGCUCUCUCGCAGUGGCUGUCUCACCAUCGCUUCCUCACUGUGGCUCUCUCGCAGUGGCUGUCUAACCAUCGCUUCCUCACUGUGGCUCUCUCGCAGUGGCUGUCUCACCAUCGCUUCCUCACUGUGGCUCUCUCGCAGUGGCUGUCUCACCAUCGCUUCCUCACUGUGGCUCUCUCGCAGUGGCUGUCUCACCAUCGCUUCCUCACUGUGGCUCUCUCGCAGUGGCUGUCUCACCAUCGCUUCCUCACUGUGGCUCUCUCGCUGUGCUAGUUGUGCUGUUUCUGCCCUCUUGUCUGCUCUCAGGCGCAGCUCAGGGUUGAUUCAUACUUCAUGUGAAAGUAUGUGUAUCCAGGGACGGAUUAUGGACCGGGCCAGCGGGGCCGCUGCCCAGGGGCCCUUGGGGUGCAGGGGGCCCGUGGGGCCCCUAGCCCAAAACAAUUUGCAAUGCUUAUCAACAAUGUAUUUUUGUUUGUCUAUUUUAGAGGGCCUACAUUCUUUGAUCCUCUGCCUACAAGGGCCCCUGACCCUAUAGGGAGGGCGUUUGGCUGCCAAGGGCCCUUGAAUUGUGGUGGUUGUGGUGGUGGUGCUGGUGGUGGGGGAGGGCCCACGCAAACGUUUUGCCCAGGGGCCCAUACAACCUAUAAUCCGUCCCUGUGUGUAUCACGGCAUCAUACCAGACCAUCCGCGGAACUGAAUGUUCAUUCUUCUAGCUCCACUACAACAGGCAAAGCUGCUCUUUUAGUCAGGUUAUGAAGUGUGGUAUGAAUCCUAUUAGAACUGAUUGUGCGCUGUGUACUGACUACGCAAGUUUCUAAUCAUUAACAAAACCAUUUCCCUAAACUGAAAUGUUACAAAAAUAAAAACUAUGACAAUUA